AUGGCGACGUCUGCAGAACAGACAAACAUGGCAGGCAAAUCGGCUGCGGAGACGACAUCUCGGAAGUUCAAGGCUUCUGAACUGCCGUUGCCGUCUGCAACACGAGCGGCGAUAGAGUCUCUGGCACAUAGCUUCAAAAAAGAAGGCGCUUACGAUUCAAUACGGAAGCAGGUUUGGGACAAGUUUGCAGCCAGCGACUACGAGGCUCAAGUUACAAAGGCCAUCCUCGAGGUGGCCGAGCAAGAAGUCGAGCGCAAUCCCCAUCAGCUCCUGACGUUGGACCGUAGAAAGGCCGCAGCUCUCAUCGAUGGCGCGUUGGAGCGAUCGGGAGUGUAUCACAAGGCCGAGGAAGUCAUCGGAGAACUGAUUGACGUCGGCGCAAUCGAGCAGAGUAUUCGGGAAACCAGGCGAGCCGAAAUCGGUGAGGAAAUCGCCAACGAAGAGCAAAAACGAGGAGCCAAGACAGACGAAGAAUAUGCCGCCGACACCGCAGCCAAGCAAGCCGAACGCGACAGAGUACGAGAGGAGCUGAAGCAGAAAGAAGCUGCUAUUGAAGAGGAAAAGCGGCGUAUCGCUAAGGAAGAACGCCGCAGAGAAGAAAAGGAGCGUGAAAAGGCCGAACUCAAACGCCAAGAAGAAAGAGAUGAGCGCCGAAGAAAGCGCGAGAAAGAGCGCGAAGAGAGAGAGCGACAGCGUGACUUGGAGCGAGAGCAACGGCACAAGGAACGAGAGAAGCGAGAGAAGGAAGAAAGGGAGCGCGAUCGCGACAGAGAUCGGGACAGAGAUAGAGAUCGGGACAGGGACAGAGACAGAGACAGAGACAGAGGCCGCGACCGUGAUCGUGAUCGUGACCGCGAUCGCGAUGGCUCUCGCAAGGAGAAGGUGGUUUUGUCUGAAGAGAUGAAGGAGAAGAUGUCCAAGGAGGAUCAUGAGCGACUGGAACAGGAGGCUUUGGCCGAUCUGUUGCGAGAAAGCAGCAAAUCGACACGCACAAAGACCGAGAUGGAGAUCGAUUCAACCUUGGCCCCUCCUCCCAGGAAGAUUGGCCCAGCCUCGGCCAUUAACCCGAUUCGAAGAGACUCCUCCAAGACCGCAGAGUCUAGAAAACCAAGCGAAAGGAGAGACUCUAAAUCAUCCAUCGAUCCAAAACUAUCAGGAGCAAAGGACGAGCGCCUUUCUAGCAGAAGCGCAUCACGAACUCACGAGAAAGACAACGACAGGGACAGGGAUCGAAGCCGCCCACGAGACACGGAUGAUCGACGCCGCCGUGAUCAUCGUUCAGACUCGCCAAGGCGCGAUCGAGUCGGUCUCGGCGCCGAAGAGACGACAGACGUGAGCGAAGUCGCUCGAGAUUCAGACGCGACCGAUCUGUUGCCAGAAGCAGCUCACGACGACGAGUUCGAAGCCGGUCACGACCUAGAUCUCCUAGGCGAGAGAGGAGUCGCUCCCGAAUCAAGACCGAACGACGAGACCGUAGUAGGGAUCGCAGCAGAGAUCGAAGUAGGGACCGGAGGGAGCAUUCGCGCUCACAUGCUACAAGAACCGACCGGCGUGAUAGAAGCCGCAGCGGUUCUCGUCUACGCACUGAUCGACGCGAUAGGAGCCGUUCCCGUGCUCGACGACAACGCAGCCGGUCAAGAGAUAGCCGUCGCGGCGCAGCAGACUCCUACUACCCCGGCAGACCGCGCCAGCGACCGACGAAGCCGCUCGCGGUCUCGGCCAGGAUCAUCCGCCGUGCCGCACGGAGCUUCCAAGGACGAGCUCGAGGAGUGGAAACUCGAAGAAGUCAAGAAGCGGGAGAAGGAGGCCAAAGCAUACCUGGCGGCUCAGAAGGACGCCAGGGAGAAGGGCCUGCCUAUCCCCGGCGUGGACGACAAGAAGAACAGUGCCCGGGACGAUCGACAUAGGAGCAGAUCGCGGAGCAACAGUCGGGAUAGGACCCGGUACCGCGAGCGAGACAGAGACAGAGACAGAGACAGAGAUCGAGAUCGGGACCGACGAGACCGCGAUAGAGACCGUGACCGUGACCGUGACCGCGAUAGGGAUAGGGAACGGGACAAGGACCGGAGAGACCGCAGCCGAGACAGAGACCGUGAUCGUGACAGAGACCGUGACCGAGAUCGAGAUCGCGACAGACGGACCAGACGAGACCGCAGCCUAUCCCCCCGCCGAGAGAGACACCGAAGCCGGAGCCGCCGUCGCAGCAGGAGCCGAUGA